UAUAAAGAGAGGGAGGGAGUCAUAUAAGAGAGGCAGCCAUAGAGGGAGAGGUGACAGAGUAGAUUAUCCUCCUCUCCUCCUCUCUGCCAGCCUCAUCAUGGUCAUGCUGCAGAUGUUGACUGUUAUCUCUCUGACUGUUAUCCUUCUGGCAUCUGUGGACGGUAAAGGUGUACAGAUGCAGAGAGAUGUCCAGUGCUGCAUGUUGUACUCCCAGGGCAAGGUGCGUACCAAAGAUGUGUUGCGGUUUGAGGUGCAGACAGAGGGGCCAGACUGCAGUAUACAAGCCAUCAUUCUUUACACGAAGAAGGCGGUGAAAUGUGCAGACCCCAGAGACCGGAAGGUGAAGCGGUUGCUGAGAAAACUGCUGCAGAGACAGAGAACCAAGGCCCAACGAACCAUGUGGCUCCUUCCUCAUGACAACCUGCCUGUCAUGUCAGAGGACAAGAAAGACAACGGGGCGAUUCUCUAUGUGCAGUGAAGUGGAGGAAAACUCAUAGUCAUAAGCCAAGUAAACAUUCAGCAGCUUGUCUUCUUAACAUGGCAACACUUGCUGCCACUCAAGUCGUCUUAUUUCUUUGUCUACACUAUCUGUCUCCCUGGGACCAGACGUGUGUCUCCCUGGGACCAGACCUGUGCAGCAAUACAUAUUUAAAUGGCUUUAGAUAUUUAAAUAUGAACUGUGCUUGGAAUAUUUCCUAACAUGUGACUGGGUAAGUCUCAACAAAGGAGCAUAAGUUGUAAGAUAAGCUGAAUUUAUUAUUAUCCUUUUUUCUUUUUAAAAAAAAAAAAAAAAAAAAAAGGCUAAUACUGUUAUUUGCCUGAGUCUGCCUGGAAGUACAACAGCAUAACUACUUGUGGCUGAUGUGAAACCAGUAAGAAAUUGUUGUAAUUAAAUAAACAAUACAUGAGUAGUGAUAUGAAUAUUGUUUAUCAGCAAGACACUCUAUGCUUAUUUGUGACUUGUAUACGUCAUCAAUGUGCAAUGACACAGUAAAAGUAGGUAGAAUGUUGAAGACCUAAUAUUGAUUUGCACCUCUUCUUAUACAAUCUGGGUCUUAGUAUAUUCUGUAUCUGACUGUUAGACAUUUACACUCUCUGUCACAUCAAGAGCCAUGUAGUCUACACCGGUUCCUGCUGGCAAGUUCCACUGCAUGUAAAAAACGUAAACAAAUCAAUCCAACCCAGAACAACUUUCUUAUGCAGUCCAAUAUGAUAGUACAAAAUCAUACGUGCGUCGGAAGAUGCCAGCAGCAACCAGUGCACAGUGUGUGUCCCUUUUUUUGAAAGGUUACUAGAAUGUGAAACAACUGAUCAACGUGAGCUACGUCACCGUGUCUUAAAGGAGCUCGAAACACAAAACAAUAACAAAAAUGGCUCUUACAAUCCAAACGAUCCAUUUUGUACAGUGACUGUUAACCGUAAAGCCCUCUGACGUCCACCACUUACUACAAUAUCUCUGUCUUUUCCAACAGUAGUCUGUCACUAAACUAUGCCAAAGUAUCCAUCAUUCACUUCUAUACGUGGCAAGGCUGUUAAACUUAGAGGGCUCCGCUGUGUGUGUGUAACACACAAGUAUUGUAUUGUAUUGUACUGUAGAAGAAUGCACUGUAUGUAUGUUCAAACACAGUAUCUCAAGUGAGCUAUUUUAUAAAUUAAUCUGAAAUCAUAA